UUUUUUCUUUAUUUAUAAAAAUAAACAAACCAUGUCUGAAUACGCGUCAAACGAAGUCAUCAAGACAGCCAUUGAUACCGUUGUUGGUUCAAGAGCUGUCGAUGUCUAUGCUUACUUUGAAAGUCAAAAGACCACAGUUGUCGAAGAAAAGAAGGAGUGUGUCAAGAAGGAAGAAAGCCAGGUGUCUCCUGCCAAGGCUGAUCUAAAGGAAGCCAUAGAAUACGCAGUCCAAGCUGUUGUUGGCGCUCGUGUUAUCGAUAUCUACAGCUGUAUUCAAAAGCCUGUUAAUAAAACAAUCGCUGAAGGUGCCAAGGAGAUCAAGGAAAAUAUGGUCGAGAAGGUAUCUAAAGCUAAGGAGAAUGUUGCUCAAACUAUAUCUGAGGUAAAGGAAGAGGCAAAGGAAAAGGUGGAUGAUGCCCAACAAAAGGCUGAAAAAGUCAAGGAACAAGCCGUUGAAGCCAAGGAUGACGCUGUGAAAGAAGUCACUGAGAUCAAACAUGACGUCGCUGAAAAGACAACUGAGAUUAAGCAAGAUAUUGUUGAACAAGUCAACGACCUCAAGGAACGAGCUGAAGUAGAAGAAACAGCUGAAGCUAAGGAAGACGUAGUUGAAGAAAUCAAAGAAACCGUGCCUGAGGUCUGUCCUGCUGCUGUCGAUCAAGUCAAGGAAGAGGCUGUAGAUGCAAAGGAAGAUGUCAUUGAAGAGAUCAAGGAGACCGUUCCUCCAGUUGAACCCGUCCAAGAAGAAUCCAAGGAUCGCGGAGUGACUGAGGCCAAGGAAGAAGUCGUUGAAGAAGUCGUUGAAGAAAUCAAGGAAACUGUUCCUGAAGUUACUCCUGUCAAGACUGCUGAGGAACAAAAGGAAGAGACUGCUGAAGCUCACCAUGAAUUGAUUGAAGAAAUCAAGGAAAGUGUAUCCGAAGUACCUCCUGCUGCAGUCGAUGAAACUAGAGAUGAAGCAAUUGAUGCUAAGCAUGAAGUUGUUGAAGAAAUUCAUCAAGUUGUGCCUGAAGCCGCUCCCGUGGUUGAAAAUGAACAAAAACAAGUCGACUUGAAGCACGCUGUUGACCAUGCUGUUCGUUCUGUUGUCAAUGCUAACUCUGUCAAUGUAUAUGAAUACUUGGAAAAAUCAACAUCAACAACAACAACCACUACUGAAGAAAAGACUACUGUUACUUCAACUGCUCAAGAAAUCAAGGAACAUGCUCAAAACUUGGCUACCGCCGUUCAAUCCGCUAUUAAAGAUAAAGAUACCACUGGAGUGAAAGAAGAGGCUUCCAAGUUGACCGAAUCUGUCAAGGUUGCUGCUACUGCGGCUGGUGCUGCUGUUAGUACCGGUGCUGCCUCUCUUGUGUCAUCCAGCACAGCUGAAGAUGUCAAGUCCAAGGCAACUGAUAUUGCUGCUGCAACUCAAGCCGAGGUGAAACAAUCUGUGGAGGAAAGCAAAGAUCGUGUGGCUGAUGAUGUGAAACAAGUGAAGUCAGUCAAGGAAGAUGUUCAAUCCGUUUCAAGCAAUGCAAAGGAAACAGUUGCUACAAAGGUAGAUGACGUCAAGGCUAAUGUGAGUGAACAGACAGCUGUGAAGAGCGAGCAAGCAAAGAGUACAGUCGAGCAAGUAACCGAAACUGUCAAGACGACGGUGACCAGUACUGUAAGUGCAGCCCAACAAGCAGCAUCCCAAGUACAAGAACAAGUUCAACACUAUGCUGAAGAAGUCAAGGCUAUGCCAGCUACACAAAAGGUGCUAAAUACUGUAUCAAAGCCUGAACCUGCUUUAGCUUCUUCUCAUCAAGACCCUGUUGCUCCUGUUCCUACUGCUCCAGAGAUCACACCUUCCACAGCACCUGCACCUACUGCUACAUCCUCUUCUGAAAGCAAAUCAGCCAAAUCAGAAAAGAAGGGCACCAGCUGUACUAUUAUGUAAAGAAUGAUAUUAUUUUAUUAAAUAUUGAUUUAUAUUUAUGUAUUUUUGUAUCUUUGAGAUAAAUUAACUGUCUUUGACUUUAUUCAUUCAAGUCUUUAACGACUCAU